AUGUAUGGAGGCGCAGGAUAUGAAGGUUAUGUCCUUACAAAUGACCAGUAUAACUUCUCCCGUCCAUUUUACGGCUGUGUCUCUGAGAAUCUGUGCAACAACGCCAACCUGUCACAACUAUAUAUUGGCUUCAGUAGCCCAGUGUCCUGCUGCAACACUUCCCACUGUAACGUCCCAGAUCUGGGGUUACAGUGUUUGACGUGCACAGACUCGUCAUGUUCUUCUCAGCGCUCGGUGACCUGCUCCAAACUCGCCCCCUUCUGUUACUCUCAGGGCUACGCAGGUUCUUACAUUAGUGGAAACUCCAUCUACAGCUACAGUGGGAUCCAAAAAGGCUGUGCUCCUCCCUCAAUCUGUACAGCUGCAGGGUCUCAGGGUGUUUCUAAUGACAAUGGCGACAGUAUUUUCUUGAGCAACAUCACCACAUGCUGCGACACAGACGACUGCAACACUCCAAACCCGACCUUUCGCACACUUCAGUGCAUAAGCGGCUCCGACUCUGAGCAGCGUUCAGUCGACUGCCCCUAUUUAAGUAAAGCGUGUGUCUCUCAGUCCUACACAGUCUCCUACAACUAUGGAAACUACAGCAGUAACACCACCUCCACUUAUAAAGGCUGUGCUUUACCUUCGGAAUGUGAAGCUGAAGGCUUUUCUUCAUAUAAUUAUGGUCCCUACUCUGCUGAUGUAAACACCACGUGCUGCGACACAGACAACUGCAACAACCAGAAUCAGUCCCUUGUGGUGCCCCCUGUUGGCUCUCUGCAGUGUUACAGCUGUGAUCCUUUCACUUAUGAAUGCACUGCCAAUGUGAGCUGUAACACCCAGGAGGUGUGUGCACAGUCUGUGGAUGUCCUUACAAAUGACCAGUAUAACUUCUCCCGUCCAUUUUACGGCUGUGUCUCUGAGAAUCUGUGCAACAACACCAACCUGUCAAAACAAUAUAUUGGCUUCAGUAGCCCAGUGUCCUGCUGCAACACUUCCCACUGUAACGUCCCAGAUCUGGGGUUACAGUGUUUGACGUGCACAGACUCGUCAUGUUCUUCUCAGCGCUCGGUGACCUGCUCCAAACUCACCUCGUUCUGUUAUUCUUGGGGCUACGCAGGUUCUUUCAAUUAUGGAAACUCCAGCUACAGUGGAAUCCAAAAAGGCUGUGCUCCUCCCUCGGUCUGUACAGCUGCAGGGUCUCAGUUUUUUUCUUAUGACUAUGGCUCCAGGUCUUACCUCAGCAACCUCACAUGCUGUGACACAGACGACUGCAACGCUCCAGCCCCGUCCUCGCCCCCUGCUGGCUCUCUGCAGUGUUACGGCUGUGACCCAGACACAAAAGAAUGCAGACAAAAUGUGACCUGCAACGUCAUGGAGACCUGCACCAACACUUCUGUGGGGAACUACAGUCGGUACGGAUGUGUCUCUGAGAACCUGUGCAAAGACCUGUCCUGCUGCAACACCAACUAUUGCAACGUCCCACUGACCACCGGAGUGACCCGGCCCAUGACCACGCCCAUGACCAUGACCACGCCAUGA